ACGUCCUGCAUAAACACGAGACCGCGUGUUUUAUCUUCUUUCUCUCUCUUUUUCACUCGAGAUUGAAUCAAGGGCAGGGAAAAAUAUGACGCACUUUGUUUUAUUCGAUAUAUAUUUCCGUUACCUAUGAGAUAGCGUAGAGUAAUAAUCUUUGCUACUAGCUCAUGUAAAGAUUAUGUUUAGUUAUCUUUCUUCAGCGUCCCUGUAUAAAAUUUAAAAAGUUGCGGCUGGUAUUCUUUUUCAUUUGACACUGGCAUUGAUUCACACAUCUGCCGAAAUGAUCUGUGGUCUUUACAUUCUCUUCAUCCUCGCAGCAUAUCCACAUGUUCGUGUUUGUAAACCGGUGUACGACGAGUGGGACAUUCUUGAGUUUCUGAACAUCUUGGGAACUGAUCCAGAUUCUCGUCUGAAUGUGAGUUCCUUGAUUAGCAGUAAAGGAUAUCCUGUAGAAGAUCAUACAGUUCAGACUAAAGAUGGCUACCUUCUUGCCGUGCAAAGGAUUCGUUAUGGUCGUCAAGGCUGGAAUAAAUUCCUCGGAAAAAGACCAGUCGCCUUUCUGCAGCAUGGGCUGCUAUCAUCUGCAACAGACUGGGUUAUCAACUUCCCUAAACAAAGUCUCGGUUUCAUACUGGCUGAUGCUGGAUUUGAUGUUUGGCUUGGAAACAUUAGAGGUAACACGUACUCUAGGCGUCACAUCAAGUACAGCCCUGACAUGAAACAAUUUUGGGAGUUUAGCUUUGAUGAAAUGGGCGAAUAUGAUUUACCUGCCAUGAUUGACUAUGCUCUGAAUUUUACGGGACAAACGCAAUUGUUUUACGUUGGACAUUCUCAAGGCACAACUAGUGCAUUUGCAAUGCUUUCUCAGAAACCAGAAUACAAUAAAAAAAUUAAACUCUUUGUUGGUUUAGCUCCAGUAGCUACUGUUGGUUACAUGACUAGUGCAAUUCGUUACCUUGCUCCAUUCACAUCGGAUCUUGAUUUUCUGUUUGAAAUACUUGGUGUUAGUGAGUUUUUGCCAAACAAUGCGGUGAUGAAGUACUUGAGUGAGCUGGUCUGUAAUACUCCGGCAAAGUUUAUUUGUGAAGAUGUUAUUUUCCUAUUGUGUGGAACAGACUACUCUCAGAUGAAUACGACUCGUCUUGGGGUUUACGUGGCUCAUACACCAGCAGGAGCGUCAACACGAAGCAUAAUCCACUAUGCACAAAUGAUAAAUUCUAAAAAGUUUCUUAAGUAUGAUUUUGGUGAAAAAGGCAAUAUGCAACACUAUAACCAGUCUGUUGCUCCUGAAUACUUUGUAGAAAAUAUAACAGCACCAGUUGCUCUCUUCUGGUCCAAAAACGAUAAACUAGCUGAUGGUACAGAUGUCGCUCUUCUUCAACAGAAGCUUAAAAAUGUGGUUUCAGUGACAUGCGUCAAGUAUGAUCAAUUUAAUCAUUUAGACUUUGUUUGGGCACUACAUGCCAACACUCUUGUAUAUGAAGAAGUAUUGAUGCUUUUGAAAAAAUAUUCUUCUAAUCUGUGAUAUUUAUUACUCGUAUAAAUCAUCCUAAGUGUUUACUAAGUCAUCAAUAGUCAGCAUAUAAUUAUGUUAAUAUACAUUUUGUGAUGCAAAGUAUACAUAUAAUAAAUUUUAGUUUUAUGUA